AACAGAUCAUUUGUCUAAGCUUUUAUCUGAGAGUACCUCUCUGCAAGUUUGCAAAUCGAGAGAUGGGUGUGCUGUUAGGGUAUCACUUGGUCCAGCUGUUGAUGCUGUCGCUAGUGGGUGCAGCGGCAUCUGCAGCAGAUGCACUGCCUGGCUGCCGAACGAGAUGCGGCGAGGUUGACGUCCCCUACCCUUUUGGCAUUGGUCCUAGCUGUUCGAGGGAAGGCUUCUCACUAGAUUGCAACACAACGGAUGAUGGCCUCGAGAAACUUUUUUUGUCCGUCGUCGAGAUCACCGAUAUCUCGUUGCCACUUGGCCAGGCACGCAUGCUCAAUGAAAUAUCGUGGCAGUGUUACAACGCUAGCACCAAUUCUAUCUACUACAGCACCUGGUUUCUGAAUUUGACCAACACACCAUACAGAUUCUCCGACGACCUCAACAAGUUCACUGUGAUCGGCUGCGACACCCUCGCCUACAUCGGAGAUUUCGAAAGGGCCGACAGCUACCAGAGCGGUUGCGUGUCUACAUGUCACAACGAGGUGAGUUUGGUCAACAGGUCAUUAUGCUCCGGCAUCGGCUGCUGCCAAACCUCCAUCCCCAAAGACCUCACAUACUAUGAGGUCUGGUUUGAUUCAGAUUUCAACAGCUCGAGCACCUGGAACUUCAGUGACUGUAGCUAUGCCGUAUUGUUGGAGGCGAAUCAGUUUGAGUUCCUAACAUCUUACAUCACAACGUACCAAUUCUGGAACAACAACAACGGCAAGGCACCCUUGGUGGUGGAUUGGGCGAUCGGAAACGAGAUAUGUGAGGUAGCACAGCGCAACAUAACCUCCUACGCCUGCAUCAGCGAGCACAGCGAGUGUUUGAACUCUUCCAAUGGUCCUGGGUAUCUUUGUAACUGUUUGAGUGGCUACCAUGGCAAUCCUUAUGUCGCUCAUGGCUGCCAAGACAUCGACGAAUGUUCUGAUAAAGAUCAAUAUCCUUGCCAUGGCACCUGCAAGAACCUGCCCGGUAGCUACAAUUGUUUCUGCCCGCCAGGUACACAUGGUGAUGCCUUCAAUGGAACAUGCACCCAACAGCAGAAACUUCAAUCAUCAGCGAAGGUGACUGUAGAUACAGGUACUGGCAAUGGCUUGAUCUUUCUACUAAUAUUCGGCAUGUGUAUCUAUAUGAUUUUUUAAAGAAGAACGUUCAUCAAGAUUAAGGAAAGGUGUAUGUGAAGAAUGGUUAGCACUUGGAUUGACCUCUAUCCACUGAUGGAUCUGACAGUCAAUUUGGUAGGUAAUUUGGCCUUGUUAUAUAUUUCUAGUCCAGCCACUGUUGAGUUACACAUGUUGAAAAGGAUUGAUGCUGUGAAGUCACAAUAGGGUUCCUAUGUUCUGUGUAUCAAGCAGCUUUGUAAUAUUUCUGUCACAUACGUCUGGCAAUUUCUCUUCUGGCUUCUUUCAAA